GCACUGCGUCGGACACUCCUAGGUAAUGACUUCCUCUCCAGAAAAAGCAGGUUUUGAAGAGACUGUCUGAGACAAACUGUAAUUUUGACACGCAGUUUUGUUAGAGCAUGUGUUAAAAAAAUUAUUUACUGUUCAUUUUAAGCUGGCUUUUGAAAUGUAACCAUGGCAACCGAACGGUCGUCCUGGUUAGCAGCCCUGCACAGGCUGUAGUGAAAGCGAUGCUGAGGGUUAGCUGAAGCCUUAUGAUAUAAAUUUGCCUUGUUCACGGUUGGGGUUUAAUUUUGUUACGGAAGGCAGUCGAGCAGCUAUAUCUGACCUCUUUCCGUGAUGGAAGAAGUCGACAGGAUUUUAAUUCGCUCUCUAAGACAAGCUGGCACGGACAUUGAUGAGGAUGUUCAGAGUGUGAAGCAGUUCACCAGUGAGCUGAUCGUGGAGGCGGUGGUGAAAUGCCUGCGUGUGAUCGACCCUGCGCUGGGCAAUGGCUUGUCCCAUUCACUCCCCCCUGGCAUGUCUGCCCGCUUUAGACUGGGCGUGAGCCUGGCACAGGCUUGUCAGGAUGUGGGUUUUAAAGGGGAAAUUGGCUACCAGACAUUUCUCUACAGCAAUGAGCCAGAGAUUCGCUCUCUGUUCAUGUUUUUGGUUGAGAAGCUGCCCAGAGAGAGUGCAGAGGCCUCGGACCAGCCUGCAGGGAAGUCUGCGCUGAUGCAGAGAGCAAUUGCUGCUCAAAUUAAAGCGCAGUUGUCAGUGCCUUGGCUCCCUCCGUCCUGUAGACUCCCCAUUCAUUGUAAAAUGCAGAGUUCCGGCCCAUGUUACAGUUUCCACGCCCAGCCGCUGAGCCUCCCAUAUUCAGUGAAAGUCUCUUCCAGGAAACAGCCAAAAGAGGUGCAAGAAUACUGGAGGAAUUAUUUGCUGCCUGUGACCGCCCAGCCUUCCCAGCAUACCUCAGUGCCAGCGUCCCUCCUGGAGAACCACAUCUCUGAACUUAGUGCCACACAGGAGUGGGAGAGUGAAUGGAACAGCCAAGGCCUUCUGUCAAGACUUACACCUGAGGAGUACCGAUCCAGAAAGAAGGCCCGACUGCAGAAGCGUAUUGAGGAGCAGCUGAGGGCAGCGGCUCAGCCUCGUCCUGACACACACGGAGCCACGCGCUCCACUUCUGACCUCGCUGAACUGCUGCAGUCAUUCAGUGGUGCUUCCACUGGGGGAGAUGUGCUGACCAAAGGCACACGCUUCACUCAUACAGAGAAAUUCACCUUUACACAGGAACCUGAGAAGGCAGCCCAGCAGAUGGCAGCAGCAGCAAGUGCACUUCCCAGCUCUCACCAAUCAGAGGAGGACCUAAAGGCCCAGCAGGAAGCAGAACUUGCUGCUCUGCAGCAACAGUUGCAGCAGCUGUCAGUCCACAUGGAAGAAGUGGGAGGAGACAUCAAGCAGCUCACUGUGUCCAUCCAGCAGGUGUCAAAUGAGCUACAACAGAAAGAGGUUGGUAAUGACGAGAAGGAGAAUUCGAUCAAAAUGAAGAGACAGACCAUUGACCUGCUACCUGACGCUGAGAACAACCUGCUAAAAUUACAGAGUCUGGUUGAGGCAAGCUCUACACGAGUGGUUCAUUUAGCCUCUCAGUGGGAGAAACACAGAGUCCCGUUGAUUGACGAGCACCGCAGACUAAAAGAGCUGUGUGGCAACAGAGAGUCGGAGUCCUCCAGGAAGCUGUCAGAGAUCAAAGACCUGCAUGACAAAAUCAAACAGUCUGCUGAGGAGGCCAAAAAGAAGGAGAGUCUAUAUAAGCAGCUGCUAACUGAGUAUGAAACGCUAUCUAAAGAUGUGUCUCGCUCAGCCUACACCAUGAGGAUCUUGGAGAUUGUAGGCAACAUUAAGAAACAGAAGGAAGAAAUCACUAAGAUUUUGUCUGAUACAAAGGAGUUGCAGAAAGAGAUUAACAGCCUGACAGGAAAACUGGACCGAACAUUUGCUGUCACCGAUGAACUGGUGUUUAAGGAUGCCAAGAAAGAUGAAUCUGUCCGUAAAUCCUACAAGUACUUGGCUGCCUUACAUGAGAACUGCACUCAGCUGAUUCAGACCAUUGAAGACACAGGGACCAUCAUGAGAGAAAUCCGAGAUCUUGAGGAGCAGAUUGAGACUGAAAAUGGUAAAAGAACAGUUAGCAAUCUAGAGAAAAUCCUUGAAGACUACAAGGCCAUUCGUCAGGAGAACUCAGCCCUUGCUGCGAAGAUCCGGGAAGGUUGAGCUGUCGCUCCGUCUGUGUUUGAUGGUACUGCAGAGUGAAAUCGCGGCUUGCUGCUUUGAGAGACGUCAGUUUGGCUCCCAUCUGCGUCAGCCCUAAAUCCGAAAUAAUCCUCAUCACAUUAGCAAAUUUCAGCUUUUACUGAGGGUUUGAACACAAAAGUUUUUUGCAUCAAAAUGACACAAAUUUGAAGAAAUGUUGGUUAAAGCUAAUUCUGUUCAUUGUGAUGAGAGAGUUUUUUUUACAAAAAGCUUGGACUGCAAUAAUAUGAGAAGGACCAGUACCGAUGCAUUGGCUUGAUGAAACAACAUCAUUGUUAUACGCCGAUAACCAUAUGUUCGUGAAAGUGUCCGUUAACAGUGACCUCUGAUUGUUGUUCAUCAUAUGGGUUGAUCUGCUCAUGAACAUUACAAAAGUUCAAGCGAUUUGAAUCAACUGGGAAAAUAGUGGGCUGAUAACAAGUGAAUAUUCAUAAACAGCUUGCCUGUUUCAUAUUAAAGCAUACAUUUUAUUACGUAUCAGUUUGCUUGGCUCUGAUGGAUCCAUAGAGCUGCUCAAACACUCGUCAUUGAAAGUUAUAUUGUCAUAGAACCUCUGUGAUAGAAAAGUACUCUUUUCAGGCUGACUGUAGGAAAGCUGUGUAAACACAUUUGACUAACACUGAUGAUUGUCCCAAUCAAACUGGUUUUCAAUAGUUAAUGCCUGUUUUUGGAAUGUUUGAUUUUAGAGCUAAAUAAUGUUUUGUAAUUUACCACGACUUGUAUACAUCUCCUCAAUCUCUGAACAAGAUGUUCUGAUAUCUCAUCAUAUUGCCACCAGUUGUUAUUGUCCCAGUUUGUUUUUUCUUCUUUUUAAAAAAAAAAAAAAAAAAUAGUAUUGAGGAUUUUGUUUUGAUUUAAAUUGAGGUAUUAUCAUCCAUAUGACAUAAUUUUUCACCUUCGCGUAAUAAGACAUUUGGAGUAGGACUGCACAACUUUGGGUAAAAGUCUCAUUGAGAAUUUAUUCUGAAAUGAAUGUUUUGUAAUUUAUCUGGAAUUGUAUUCAUAUGCUCAAUCUCUGAACAUGAUGUUCUGAUACUUCAACAUUUUGCUACAAGUUACUCUCCUAAGGAAGUUAACAGAAAAUUAAAUAAAAAUAAAAAACA